GGGUUGCUAGGUGGGACAAGGCUACUGGCCGUCGAUACUGAUUGGCAAGUGACUACGCCUAUGUGGAAGAGAAACUUCACCGUGACCUUUCUUGCUUUCCGCCAAUAGGUGGUGAACACCGGCUUGUUGCCGGCGGAGCGCGGUGAAGGCCAGCAGUAGGCAGUCGGGGCAGCAUGAGCCGUGUUUUGUGGGCGGCCUGGCGGUGGGGUACUGCUGCUGUGCGGGGCCCAGCAGGGCGGCCCUUGAGCCAGGCAGCCACCGGCGGCGCCGAGGGCGGCGGGGCUGAAGGUGGUGGAGGCGGCUCAGGGUCGCGGGAGGCGGUGGAGCGGCUGGUACGAGCGCACCCGGUGGUGGUGUUCAUGAAAGGCAGCCCGGAGCAGCCCCUCUGCGGCUUCAGCAACGCAGUAGUGCAGAUCCUGCGGCUGCACGGUGUGGAGGACUACAAUGCCCACGACGUCCUACAGGACCCCGACCUCCGCCAAGGAAUAAAGAACUACUCUAACUGGCCUACUAUCCCACAAGUAUACCUCAAUGGUGAAUUUGUUGGUGGUUGUGAUAUACUCCUCCAGAUGCAUCAGAAUGGAGAUCUUGUGGAAGAGCUGAAGAAGCUAGGAAUUCGUUCAGCACUUCUGGAUGCAGAAAAAGACCAAGACAAAAAGUAAAAUGAGGAUUAUGAUGUGACAGGAGUAAAGCAAAACUUCAAUAAAAACUUGCUACCAGUAAAGCCUUACAUACUUUAGCUCAAAGAAGGCAUCUUUUUGAACUGACACUAAGAUUUAUCUAUGAAUGUCUCAUGGUAGAUGUAGUGAUCUUGAUAUUUUGAUUUAUGGAUAUUGUAAAAAAUUUGAGUAUAACCACUGCACUGCAAAACAUACAUUUGUGGAAAUUGGUGUUUUAAAAAAGAGAAAGUUCACUUGUAAAAGCAUUCCCUUCUUGACUGAGGUGGGAGUAAACUGAAAGAACUAAUGGUAUUUUUAUGGAUUUUGAGUGUGUGUUACUCUGUUUUU